AAAGCCAUCUCUAUCUGUGGUCAAUUACUUCUGCGAAUGGCGGCCUCCUCUUUACAAUCGACCUCCUCUCUCUAUUAACUUUGUACGUCGGCUGCAAGGCUAAUCGAUAACCCGCUGCCAGAAAGAUGAUAUAAGCUGCCUCAUCCUAUGCCUCAAACACAGACCUUCUCAUCGCCACCCUAUCUCCUUCUAUCAUGGCCGAAGUAACCUUCAAACAGAUGAUUGCGGCUUUGAUACGACAAACAAGACCGCAAUCCUUUCACCAUUCGAGGUUGUCACAGCGUGUAGCAUCUCACCGAGCUCUUGCCACAGACGCUACCCCGCCUCAACACCCUGUCGAUUCAGAACGUCCACGGUGGCGACCCCAUGCUGUCGAACCCAAACAGCAACAAGACCAUGAGCCACCUCGCAAGAAUGAAUCUCGUCUUGACAAUCUAAGAAACGAUCCCAAACCUCGAUCCUUUUCCUCUUUCCUUACCGACAACUAUGCUCGACAACACAACUAUCUCCGAAUUUCUGUUACCGAACGAUGCAACCUACGAUGUCUAUAUUGCAUGCCAGAAGAAGGUGUCCCCUUGUCACCUCCAGACCAUCUCCUGACCACCCCAGAGAUAGUGUAUCUUUCGGAACUAUUCGUCAAUCAAGGGGUAAACAAGAUUCGCCUAACGGGGGGGGAACCUACCGUUCGGAAAGACAUACUCGAUCUCGUACAUCAGAUUGGUCAAUUAAAAAACAAUGGUCUCAGAGAAUUGUGUAUCACAACCAACGGUAUAUCACUUCAUCGUAAGCUGGACUCUCUGGUAGAGUCUGGCCUUACUGGGGUCAAUCUAAGUCUCGACACACUCGACCCUUUUCAAUUCCAGAUUAUGACUCGACGAAAUGGCCAUGAUGCUGUCAUGAAAUCAAUCAAUCGUAUACUAGAAAUGAACAAGCUUGGUGCUGGUAUCAAGCUCAAGAUCAACUGCGUUGUUAUGCGUGGCCUAAACGAACGAGAAAUCGUACCCUUUGUUGAGCUAGGACGAGAUCAAGACCUGGAAGUCCGCUUCAUCGAAUACAUGCCCUUCGACGGUAACAAGUGGUCGGAAAAAAAGAUGCUCAGCUUUGAGGAGAUGCUUGCUUUGAUCCGCCAAAAGUACCCUACUGUGCAAAAGGUCCAAGACCAUAAAAACGACACCAGCAAGACGUAUCAAAUUCCAGGCUUUACAGGUCGCAUGGGCUUCAUCACCAGUAUGACCCAUAACUUCUGCGGCACCUGCAACCGGCUGCGCAUUACUGGUGACGGGAAUUUAAAAGUCUGUCUCUUUGGCAACGCAGAGGUCUCCUUGAGAGACAUCCUCCGCGAGUCCAACAACGGUCAACCUAUCGAUGUUCAUGCGAUGGAGUCGAUCAAACAGCUCGAAAUGGACCGUCGUCAACAACUUCCGGGGAGCACCGGGCAGCUGGGCUUAUCAGAGAAGGAAGCCAGCUUGCUCGAUGUGAUUGGUAUGGCCGUCAAAAACAAGAAAGAAAAGCAUGCUGGCAUUGGUGAAUUGGAAACCAUGAAAAACAGGCCCAUGAUUCUAAUUGAUGAAGCUACCAAUUCAUUGGGAUCACUCCAUGCCACACCAUCAGCAUUCCCACCCUCGCUGUCACAUGAACUUCAUGGCGCCUCCUCAUCGACCAUUCCACUCCAUCUGCUCCACCAAAGACCGACAAGCAUGUUUUCCAAUUCUAGAUCCAUGACCACACUUAGUAGGACGGGCUCGGCCAGUCGCAGAGAUUUCAGUCACUCUUCGUCGGCAGCUACGUUUCGGCCUGUCCACAAUCAGUCUGCUUUUCGAUUCAUCACCCACACCAAGCCCAAGAUUCGUUAUAGCGCAAAGCUCCUGCGCUUCGAGCGGAUCCCUGUCUCAAAGCCGUCUCCCACUGUGCCUCGCCUCAACCACUUGGAUAACCAGUCGCAAGCUCACAUGGUUUCCAUCGCGGACAAAGUCUCAACGAGAAGAUCUGCGACGGCAUUUUGUUUUCUCGGGUUUUCGCACCCUGAUACCUUCGAGGCUCUGGAUGAGGCACGACUUCAAAAAGGCGAUGCAAUUGCAGUUGCGCGCGUUGCAGGCAUUCAGGCUGCAAAAAAGACGGCGGACUUGAUCCCGCUGGCCCAUCCGGCACUUAAUAUCACAGGCGUCACCAUCGACCUUCUUCCUUUCAGUGGCACAAAGCCUCCAGAUCAGGCCCGUCACAGGCUGCCCCCUGGAACGUACACUUAUGGUGGAGUGAUCAUCACAGCCACAGUAGACUGUGAGGGUAAGACAGGAGUCGAGAUGGAAGCAAUGACAGCUGCGUCGGUCACCGGCCUCACCAUGUAUGAUAUGCUCAAAGGAGUCGAUAAAGCCAUGGAAUUGACCUCAGUUCGUGUCGUUGCCAAAGCAGGCGGCAAGAGUGGCGAUUGGACCUAUUCAUGGGACCAGGGGCGGAUUCGCCCCGUGCCACAGAAUAGGAUACACAGACCGAACCUAAAUAGAGACGGACAUGGUGCACCCGAACGCAACAAUCAAUCAACGAUUCCCAAGCACAGGUCGAGGGAAGAACCUACGACGAGACGGGGUCUCCCAGAAGAAGAGGACGAAAUCAAUCCAUCCACUUCCCACCACAACGACAGCAGUCAAGAGACAUUCCAUCCUGAAAACGCCAGUACCGACCCCUCAACCAACGAUAAACUCAGUACGAGUAUGCUAGGAACGGCACAGACCCAACAUUCUUCACACCCAGCAUCACCACCACCAUCACCACCAUCACCACCGUCAACACCAUCACCACCAACAUCGUCAGCACAGACCUUUUACGAACAGGAAAUGUUGCGGUACACGCAGCAAAAACAAGACGAAUUUGAUAAAGGAAUUCUCGAAUCAGACCUUUGGGGCAACAAAAUUGGAUCAAAAGGCACAACAGAUCAAGCCGAAACCCCUUUGUACAGAUUGGUGAAAAGGGGGAACGUGACACGUGAAGAUUUAUAUCUGGCUCGGGUCGAGCGCUACUUGCGACAUCGCGCAUCUCGUCGCGAACAUCUUCGUGGACAUCGUUCUCGAUCCUAGACUGGCGUCUCGACGGGAAUUUGAUAUUGAUGAUGAUGAUGAUGAUGACGUUUGAGCACUAUGGUGUUGAUCCUGUCGAGGAGACGUGCAUGUUGUACUACCCACGGUUUGCGAAUAUAAAUGUAUUCUAAUAUAUGUAUAUUAUAUACCAAAGCUAUCUAUAAGCGGUGUGGCUUGG